UUAAAAUAUACCAAUAUUACAACUUUUAUUUCUAUCAUAUUUUUUAAUGAUUAUAAAUAUCUUUUUAAAUAUCUUAAUAAAUCUGUUAAUGAUUGUUUACAAUGUAGUACACCCAAGAAUUUACGUACUUUGAAUUUGCUACACCGUUGUAAUCGUAUAGAUGACUAUACUGCCGUCGGUCGAUAAACAGCGAAACGCGGAAUUGAAAAGUACUGAGUUGAAGGAACGUGGACCGUUUGUAUCUCAAUACAGUAAUGCAGUAGUUCGAGAACAAUAUUUUUGGUCUUUACCUAGUUGAUCACAACAUUACUCGAUUCAUUAUGUUCGAGUAUUGUUGAUUACGUAUUGUGUGUUUCACACUUUUCCAAUGAACUUCCUUGAAUAUACCGUCGAAGACUUCAAAGUGCAAAGGAAUUGGUACGAAGGACGAAAGUGUGAAAGCGUACGCUCACCGCUACUUACGCGAAGAAAUAUAUCUUUUGACUAUUUUCAAUACACUUGGAAGAUUUGAUCUGAUUAUAUUUUGAUGAAACAUUCGUUGAAGUAAUCAAGGAAUAUUCUGGAUUUGACUAAUUGACAAAGACAUUUGAAUACGUAUGUCGGGUGUGAAUAGUGGCUUUUGUGACAAAUCAAAACGACAGUAAAAAUAUUCAAUGAUAUUAAAACGUGUGAUUUUCAAUUUUCAAACUUAUUAUUCUUCAUUAUGUGUUUGUAAUUAAUUUUUCUUUAUACGUGUUUUGUACUGUUCUUGGAAAGAUUUAUUGUUUUUGGAUUUUACAUCGGCUAUGGUUGUAGCCAGUGGUGAGUGGGUACAAAAUGCCAGUUUUCCUGCCAAUCAGAAUUCCAACCUGAAAAUAAAUUCUGUACAAAAUAACAAAAUGACAGCAAAAGGAGUUUUAAUUUGUCGUGAUAAUUCUCAUCCUUUUGAAGAGCGUACAUUAAUAUUGGACCAACCUGUUAAAAUUGGCCGUUCUGUAGCAAGAGCUAGAGCUACUCCAAAUAAUGCAAUUUUUGAUUGUAAAGUAUUAUCGAGAAAUCAUGCAUUAUUAUGGUAUUCAGGUGGAAAGUUUUUUUUACAAGAUACACGUAGUAGUAAUGGAACAUUUGUUAAUAAUCAAAGACUCAGUGCAGCUAGUUUAGAAUCAGCACCAAAAGAAGUAUGUUCAGGUGACAUAGUGCAAUUUGGAGUAGAUGUAAUAGAAAGUACAAAAAAAGUUAGGCAUGGAUGUAUAGUUGCAACAUUAAAAUUAUAUUUACCAGAUGGAAAAGAAGCUAAAGCUAGUCAUAGCACAGCUGUUACAUCACCAUUUAAUAAUAUUUCUUUGGAAGAUGUAUAUAAACUAAAUCAAGUUAUGCAAGAAGCUUCAAGACGUGAGAAAGCACUUUAUUCUAAGUUAGCAUAUCUUCAACAACUUGUAGCAAAUACUCGAAAAGCUGCCAAUCAAUCUUGGAAAGCAUUAAUAACAGAAGACCGGUUAUUAUCUUGGGUGGAAAGUAUGGAAAAUCAAUUGGCAGUUUAUUCUAAAAAUUACACAGAGGAUAAAAUUAGAAAUGAAUUAGUAGCACUUCAAGAAGAAAAGAUACAAUACCAAAAUGCAGCAAAAGAGGCAUUACAAAAAGUAUUACAAGAAAAAUUGGAGGUAACUCAGAGAUUAGUUCAAUUAGAAGGACGUUUAAAUGAAACAGAAGAAGAAUGUCAAAGUCUUCAUAAUGUAGCAAAAUAUACACAAACAGAACUUCAAGAAUUAUGUAGUAAAUAUACUGAAGCACAAAAAAAAUUACAAGAAACUACAAAUAAAUUGAAAGAGAGUGAAGAAAAAAUAAAAGAUAUAGUACAAAAUACAGAACAAGAAAAGCAAGAACUUUUAAAGAGACUUGAAGAUCAAUCUAGAAUUGAGAAAAAUUUGCAGGCAAGAUUACGUGAUUCUCGGUUAGAUUCUGUUAAUAUUUAUAAGCAGAUCACUGCCCUCAGAAAUUAUAUGCAAAUUCUGCAGGAUAUGAAUUCAAAGUUAGUAACAAGUGAUAUUAUAGAUUUAAAGGAUGAAGAAAAUCCUAUUGAGGCUAUCAAUAUUAUUCUUAAUAAAUUAAAUUCCAUUCAUAUUGACAAUAUAGAUAUUGAUGCAGAAACUAACUUUUAUUCUUUGAAAGAUGAACAUGAUAAUCAAAUUAAUUCACAAGAUAUUGAUUCAAAUCAGUUAAAAAAUUCUGAUGAUUCUUUUUCAAAAGAACAAAUGGAUGAUUCAUUGGCUAAUAAUGAUAAUUCAACAGAAUAUAUUUUACCACCACCUUCUCGAAAAACUUUAGUUAAUGGAAAUGUAAAUAUAGAUAAUACAGAUAUAAAUUCAGAGCCUGAUGUUAAUUCAGAUAUAACUGAUGAUGCAUGUAGUAUUACCAAUUUUGAUACAAGUGAAAUAUCUGUUUUUGAAAUUCAAAAAGAGGAACCUUUAUAUGCAAGAGAAGAAUUUUUUGUACCUUACAAAAUGGAAGUUAGAUUUAUAUGUGAAGAAAAUAGUAAACAAUUAGAAACUUCUAAUUUUUCUCAAUCUGUUCAAAAAAUAAAGGAAAAUGAAGAAACAGAAAUUAAUAUUGACAGCACAAAUAACAUUAAAAUUAUUUCAAAUGAACCUUUUAUAGAAAUUGAUCAACUGGAAAAAAAGGAUGAAACAGAUAAAGAUAGCAAUGAAUUAGAUGAACAAUAUGAAGAACAUUUAGAAGGAGAUUAUGUUAAAACCUUAAAGCCAUUAUCCAAAAAUGAUACUACAGAACAUGGUAUACAUACAAGAGAAUAUAUAUUGCAAACUUUGAUAGGAUCUUUAGAUUCAUUAAGAAUUGAAGAUAAUUUAGAAUCACAACAAAUUAUUAAAAAAGAAUUAGAAAAUCUUAAGGAUUGGUUAAUUUGUGAACCUCAUGAAGAAAUUGUAGAAAAACUGAAAGAAAUAUAUUAUCGUGCCAAGAAUGAAGCUCAAAGAAUUGAAGAACUCCAUGAAGAAUUAGUUAUUUUAAAGGAAAAAUACAAUGCGUUUACUGAAGAAAAGGCAGAACUUUCGAAAAAAUAUACAACUCUUAAAGCACAAUGUGGUGACUUGUUAAAUACAACUUACACUGUACCAAUACAUUAUGUAGCACCUAUUGCAAUUAUAUUAAUAUGGAUGUUGCUUGAAAAGAUAUUUUAAUGUUUUCUUUUUGUUUUUUGUAUAUAACUUUUACAAUUGAUUAAUAUAAAAUUUUCUUUUUUUGCUUUUUUUUUUUUAAUU